UUGGAGUUUGCGAUUCUAUCCGCCAUUGAAUUAUUCAGUUCGCGUUCCUGUUAGUUUUUCGUCGUAUUACAAGGAAUUCGUUCCUGGAACUGAGAAGGUGGAUAUAUUAUGAACAGUGUUUAUUAUAAAACUAGACUGUGAGUCUGUCGGUGACAGGAGUGUUAUCUAAGAUAAUAAUGUGUAAUUGUAAUCACUAGUAAUUUUCCACGUAACGCACUGUUCUGUUUUCGUGUGAAUCGUAUGGAAACAUUUUUGUGUUUGAUCUAACGAUUUAUAAUUUAAAAAAAAAUAUUUUAAAUUUUAAUUGCUACCUUAUCUUAUAUAUCGGCAAUCAAAGAAAAUAAUCGGAAUUUUGGCGAAAUAACCCUAGCGGCAUGAAGUUAGAGUGGGCGGAAAGCGAGGCGGACUAUGGGCUGGAAGAAGCCGCCUUCUACGAGGGUCCGACCAGCGUAGCGCCGCCGCCUCGGAAACAUGUCUCCUUCAGUCUGCGCCUCGAUCUGUGCGAUGAGGGUGGCGGCGCGGUAGAAGGCAUCAAGAGUGAACCGCUGGAAGCAGAAGAACCCAGAGCGAUGCAGAAGGUGCCGUCUCUCUCGGAUCUCUCCGAUCCGGAGGCUUCACUAGACAUCCCGUCGCAGGUGCCGCCGCUCACGCCCGGCACCAACAAGAAGAUGGCCGAGGCGCUGAAGGCUACCUUCGCCUCCUGGGAGAAGGAGCAACUGCGUCUCGGCGUGCCCAAAGAUCCCCGGCAGUGGAGUGAGGCGGCUGUGGCAGCAUGGCUUCGCUGGGCUACGAGGGAAUUCUCCUUGGAGGGUGUCGCCAUGCAGCAGUUUGCGCGCGCGCAAGGCAAAGACAUCUGCGCCAUGGGCCGCGACGAGUUCGUGGCCAGGGCACCCGCCUUCAUGGGAGACAUCCUGUGGGAGCACCUCGAGAUAUUACAAAAAGAUGUUGAAAAAGAGCGUUCGUUGCUCGCCAACGUGCCACCCAACAUGUACGAGAGCAAUGUUUGCCUGCCCGAGCUAUCGGAGUACAUACCGCCGCCGGCGCAUCACUACAACAACAAUAACAAUACCGGAGGCUACACAACAGGAGGUCCUCGCGAAACAAAUGCAUAUGGCUACACGGAAACCCAGCCUGCUGCACCAGCGCCCGCGUCUGCUCCCCCCGCGGCAUCCCCCCUGGACGAGUACUACCAGGCGGAGUACCCACCCGCGCCCCCCGCGGCCCCCUCGCAGCCCUACCUCGACGAGUAUUAUCACCAUGCUCACGCGCACACGCAACCGUUACUCACACACGAGCCGAAAUACCAGCCACAUUCGUAUACGAAGCCAUAUCCUAGAGGCGGAGGUGGCCGGUAUGGCGGCGAGAGUUACGGCGAGGGCUACGCCCCGGAGUACGCGGGCAGCUGCGGGGACUGGCCAGAGUGGCCCGGCGAACAGCACGCACUCAUCCCGCAGGACAAACUGGCUUACCCCGCUUCUGGCCCCUGCUUCACCGGUUCAGGUCCGAUCCAGCUGUGGCAGUUCCUACUGGAGUUGCUCACCGACAAGAGCUGCCAGGGAUUCAUCUCGUGGACUGGAGAUGGCUGGGAGUUCAAACUUACUGACCCUGAUGAGGUGGCCAGGCGUUGGGGGAUCCGCAAGAACAAGCCUAAAAUGAACUACGAAAAGCUGUCGCGAGGGCUGCGCUACUACUACGACAAGAACAUCAUACACAAGACUGCAGGCAAACGCUAUGUGUACCGUUUCGUGUGCGACCUACAAAGUCUUCUUGGGAUAUCACCGGAACAACUGCACGCGAUGUAUGAACCUAAAAUGGAGAAGAAAGACGACGAUUGAACAUACCCAGACACGUGAUCGCUACUCACUCACACCCGUAGCGAUCACCCUACACUCACGCAGAAUUUACUUGAGCUUGAUCAGCGAGAUAAAAAAUUGUCACUGAAAUAAAAAAAAACAUUUGAUUCGACAUGCCUGCCCACAAUGAACUAAACGCUAUGGAUUUAAUAAUCAGGCUACAUUAUAUCUACAUCGACGUUGAAAUUUUUAAUUAUUGAUCCCUUCUGUAAAAUGCUGGCAUUUUUGUUUUCAUAUAAUAUAUUAGAAUGCAUAACAUUUUUAUUAAUGUUAACAAUGCCACAGGAGUGAACCCUUCUUUUAUCGAUAGCGAUAUCUGUUUGAUCUCAUGCACAACCACCAGUGGAGUAAUUUAUAUACUAACAUACCUUUUCCUAACAUUUCAUUGUCACAAAUAUAGUAAUUACGUUUGCUAAUAUCAGAAUGACCAACGGUGCCUUAAUUAUUAUUGAUUGUUUAAAUAUAAAACCUUUCUUUAGCCUCAAGCAUACGCCAGUACUAGAGGCGACACGUCUUAUUCUUUUUGAUAUUAAUUUUAAUUAAAUUAAAGUCGUGUACUUGAUAACGGUACAUAACAUAUACAACGUCUGAAAUUAUUGUAAAAGUCAAGAAGACGAAACCGAAAAGUUUAGUGCUAAAAAUAGUGAAAUUCUGCUUAAUUUUAAAGAUAACUGUAAAUAUAAGUUAAUUUUGUUACUUUAUAAAAAUAAUUAGGUAUUAUAUUAUAAUAGGUAUUUAAGUGUUGUACGUUUGAUUCGCAAAUUGUUGCAAUAUGCGAAUAAAUUAAUGCAUAGAUAGUAUGAUGACGGACAUAAAACCUUUCUAAAUAUUUAAUUGAUGAAAUCCAAAGAUUUAUUAAAUCUAAAUACCCACCAAUUGGUAUACCUACUAUGAAUUGUCCGAAGGGACUUGCGAGUUUCUCAAAACUACAUAUAUUCAUACUAUGUUUUAGUUGUAUUUCUCAAUAUAACUUAAUGAAUCUGUAUCGCUACAUGGAAACAAGAAUUUAAUCAAUGAAUCUACCAAAUCAACCAUUUAACGCAUAUAUAAAAUCAGUUAUCAAGGCAACACCGGGUGACGUCAUUAGUCGCUGAUCUCGUGGUAAGGGAAUGUAAUGUCUUACUAGAUAUGAAAUUAAUUAGUUGUAUUAUUUUCAAUUUUUAUAGGUCCUAGCAUACACCGAAGAUAUUUCGAUAAGUUUUAUUUUUUAAAGAUUUCUCCUCCAUCAAUAUCAUACUCCCUUGUUGUCAUGUGCAAUGCGUUUGUUAGCGUUUUAGGAAAUUAUACUACGGUGCUGUCUGUUGAAUGCACAGAUCUAAGGUUGAUUGUUCACCUACAUUGAAAACAUAAUGUCUUCCCCGUCAUUUGUAGGUUCGACCUAAAGUACUCGUUUAACGUAUUCUGUAAUACUUUACACUUUUAAAUGAUACAUCAAAUCAUCUGCAGUCCAGGAAAUACCACGAAUGCAAAUCCGCCAUUAUACAGUGAGACAUAAUGUAGUUACGGCCAAAUUUUUGAAUGUAUAAGUAUCGUUGUAUGUAUUGAUGGAAGAUAUAAAAUUAAAUAUAUAUAUUUACGAAAUCAA